AUGGACUGCUUCCUCGACUUCUGCCUUGCUUGUGACAAGCAAACCAGCGAAGGCCUCUACUGCUCUCAAGCUUGCCGCUUGGCCGACCUCGAGAAGGCUGGCUCAUCAACACCUUCAUCACCCUUCUCGCCUGUUAUGGAGUCAAGCUCUUCCUCGUACUUCCCUUCCGGCUCGAGUGGCUUCCAGCUCCCCGAGGCUUUCAGCUUUAAGCCUGCCAGCACUUCAACCUUCACCGAAUCAUCAUCACCUCGCCGUGCCUUGUCACCAUCAUCAUCACGAAGCUCGUUGUCGUCCUCGGCAGGCAGCCAAACCGGCACCAUCAUCUCAGAGCAAGCACGCACAGAGCUCCAGACCUACGUCAGCGCCUUUGACCAGACGCGCGAGAUGAAGAGGCGUUCAUUGAGCAGCCACUGA